AUGCCGCACACGCGACGCCUCCUCCGACAGGAAAUCACCUUUUCAGCCGCCAAGGAGAAUGAGUCGAACGUUCUACAUCAGCUGGGAUACUACGAUCAACAAACCAAUUUCUUCUCUCAUCUAGAUGCUAAUCGUUCUUGGAUCGAAAAUGUUGUUGCGCACCAUCUCGGGCUAAGCUCUACAAUGUGCCACCUGGCAGGCCAGGAAGACUGGCUACACGGAAGCUUUAAUGUCUGCAUUCCUGUCGUCGUGCACGGCUGGAAUAAAAAACGUGUUCUUCUUCGAUUCCCCCUUCCGUACCGCGUUGGUGAAGCUUUUAGGCCUGGGAACUCUGACGAAAAGAUCAAGUGCGAGGCGGGAACUUAUGCAUGGCUGCAAGGAAAUUGCCCCGACGUACCAAUUCCGCAGCUGUACGGCUUUGCCCUCUCCACUGGUGAGACUGUACGGAACGAAGCCUACCACUACCGCCGCCACUGUCCCAGCUAA